GAGAGAGAGAGAGAGAGAGAGUAUAUAAGAGUGGGUUGUCCAGUCUUCGGUUCACCUCCCAUCAAACUUUCCUAUUGUAAGCACAUCAUACCGCUUAUUCCCUUCUCAACCUCAUAAAAGGAAGAGGAACGGAAGGUGCAGAGAGAGAGAGGGAGAGAGAAAGGGAAAGCUGCUGUGGUUUUUAUGGUCCUUCUGCGUUUCAGGAAUGAGCUCUUGUUGCUUCUCCUCUUCCAAAACCACCAGCCAGAGUUAUGAACACAUUUAUGUAUUUCUGGUGGCAUUUUAGAGUGGUCUUGUGGUGAUGGAUUUCACUGUAGGCUUGGAUGGUCUGUGCUACUUUGGUGGCUCAGAUGCUGGGGUUUCUGAACAAAAGAGUUAUGGAUCUGUUGGGUGCCUCACCAAGCAAGGGAGGCCUGGUGGAUUUCUGGAUGAUGACCCCAAAAACCUUCAAGCGGGAACCAUUAGCAGCUCCAAAAUGCUAAAGAGGGACGAUCCUUUGGGCUCAAAGCCAAUGCUGUUCCAGACAAGGCCUACCAUCCUCAGAUCCAAUUCCUUGUUCCCUGAUGGGCAUCUUGGGUUCUCAUCUGUCACUAAGCCUGAUGGUUUGCUCAACUCCCAUGACCCUCUGCAGACUGCAUCAGUCCCUUCUUUUCAGUCUACCUACUCCAAAACUUCAGGUCCGAAUUCGACAAGCUUGAAUGGAGAUAUGCAUGGGGUUUUAGCUGGAGUCAGAGGGCCUUUCACACCUUCUCAGUGGUUGGAACUGGAACAUCAAGCCUUGAUCUUCAAAUACAUCAGCGCUGGAGUGCCCGUCCCUCCAAAUCUGCUCUUGCCCAUCAGGAAAGCCCUCAACGUCACUCCUCUUUCUGCAUUUCCUGCUGGUUCCCUGAGACCCAAUGGCUUUGGGUGGGGAUCAUUUCACCUCGGAUUUUCCGGCAACCCGGAUCCUGAACCGGGCCGUUGCCGGAGAACAGACGGGAAGAAAUGGCGGUGCUCCAGGGACGCCGUUGCCGAUCAGAAGUACUGCGAGCGUCACAUGAACAGGGGCCGCCAUCGUUCAAGAAAGCCUGUGGAAGGCCAAACUGGCCAGACCACUGCCGGCACCGGUGCUGCCUCCGCCUCCAAGGCGGUGCCCGUCGCUGCUCCCUCGUCGGCGGCGUCGGUUGCCAGCAGUGCGUCAGACUCUCUAGCCAUCACUCAGCACCAGAUCAAGACCUUCCAGCCAUCUGCGGAUCCCUCCACUACGUCCAACUUCAGCAGGUUUUUUAUCAACAAGACCAAUCUGGAAGACCGAAUGCUCAAUCUGCAGCACGACUCUUUUCUGUCCUCUGUAAACCUCAAGGAGAAAGAGUCGUUUCUGGCACCGAAGCAUCCAUAUUCAUAUCAGGAAUCAUCUCGAACAACUGGGUUUGGCUUAAUCUCAUCCGACUCUCUGCUUAAUGAUGCUCAGAGGAACUCAUACCUACAGAACAAGCACUUUGGCCUUUCCUCAGACCUGAGCACAAGAGAACACCAGCAAGCUCAGUCUCUCCGCCAUUUCAUGGACGAUUGGCCCAAGGAAGACAUCCAACCGGAAAGAACCCAACUCUCCAUCUCCAUCCCUGUUGCUUCCUCGGGUUUUUCCUUGUCUCCCUCGUCGUCUCCAAACCAGGAGAAGCUCGUGCUCUCGCCCUUGAAAUUGGCGCGAGAAAUGGACCUGAUCCCCAUGGGUUUAGGUGUGGGAACUUUGAAUGAUUCAACACAAAGACAAUCAAACUGGGUGCCUGUGUCCUGGGAGACCUCUCUGGGAGGUCCUCUUGCAGAGGUCUUACAUUCCACGAGUACAACCACUCCUUGCAGAGAGCGCAAGACUGCCUCUGCGCUCAAUCUCAUGGGCCAAACUUGGGAUGCUAGUUCGCCACUUGAAUCCUCCCCAACUGGUGUAUUACAGAAGACAGCAUUCGGAUCCCUCUCCAACAGCAGCGCAGGAAGCAGCCCAAGAGCUGAAACCCACAAGGCCAACGAAAAUGGUCUUUCUGAUGAUCCCCUUGGUUCCACUCUUAUAAACUCUGCUUCUGUCAUGCAAUCUUAGGGAGCCAUCGUCGAUUGCAGAGUCGACGUCUGCGAGCAUACCAAAUACUGACGGCGUUGUGAAAGGACAGCCCAAGGUAUCUCUUUUCUCGGAGGAUGGAAACAAGGGAAAAGAAAAUCAAAACUGAAAUCUUCCUCCAUUGCCUCUAUUUCAUGUCAGGUGUUUUUCAUUCUCUUUUGAUGUUCUGUUAGGACUUUUUCCUGUUCAUUUUUCGUAGGCAAAAUCUCAAAUCCAAGAUCAGUCAUUUUGGUUUGUAGAUUGGCAACCAACUUAUCUAUGAUCACUAUCGACUGCUAAGAAUGGAUCUUAUGGUCCACACUGUGCUGUCUUAACUGCUACCAUGUUCUUAUCUGCCAUGUUUAUGCAUGUUACCUGUUGGACAUUAACAAGGCAUGUAUCUAUGUCAGCCUCUUGCUUUAAUGAAUGUCUCUGUUCGAAGAGGUCGAUUUCUCUACA